AUUCACGAGUAAUAAGACGAGUGGUGAACAUCCGUGACGCACUGACGCACCAAGUUCAGCACCAAAAAAAAACAAGCUCUGAGCCGCGCACACGCACAGCGGAGGCACCAUUGUGGAGUACAUUACCACGCGAGGAGGGGGAUCGCCUGCUGACAGAAAGACGCGCAGCUACACUGGAUAUGAGUCUUCCCUCACCUUUUGGAUAACUUGGGAACUGCUUUCUCUGGACGCUUUUUGACGCACAUCACCAGGGAGCGUAUACGGGAGAACUCCCUGGGAGUGAAGAAGGAUUUAUACGUAUUUUAUUUAGAGAUUUUUUUAUUUUUUUUUUUUACAUUUUGUAUUCGGUUUACCUCGGUGUAAAUACAAAAAAAAAAAAAAGAUUAAAAAAAGAUAUAUAUUAUUUUUUUUUUUUUAAAAGAAGGUUUUGCUGCUUUAUUGGCUGGUGACACGGCUGCCCUGGAGAAGCGAGAAGGAUGGCAGCCUGGUUCACCUUUACCAUCGCAUUCAGCACCACGUUGAUAUCACAGGUAUUUGGAUCCGGUGUUUUUGAGCUGGAUCUCCACGAUUUUAAAAACCACAAAGGUUUGCUGGCCAACGGGGACGCGUGCAUACCCAACUGCAGGACUUAUUUCCGAAUUUGCUUGAAGAACUAUCAGGCGGUGGUCUCGCGAGGUGACUGCAUCUUUGGGAGUACAAUGACAGCGGCGCUGGGGACGAACUCUUUCAGCGCCAGGGACACGGGCACUUUACCGAGACCGAUCCAGAUACCGUUCACCUUUGGAUGGCCGGGGUCAUUUUCAUUAAUAAUUGAAGCCUGGCAUUCACCUUAUGGAAAUCUACAUGUAGAUACGAACAACCCAGACUUUUUGAUAAGCUCCAUGGCCAUCCAAAAACAGCUGGGUGUGGGAACUGCCUGGACUCAGAAUACGCAGACUGCAAAGCAGACGGAGCUGAGGUAUUCAUACCGGUUCGUCUGCAACGAGAGCUACUACGGGGAAAGUUGUUCCAAAAAGUGUGCGCCCAGGGACGACCGAUUCGGCCACUACACCUGCAACCGCGACGGGCAGCUGUCCUGUCUGCCGGGCUGGAAAGGGAAAUACUGCGAAGAACCUAUCUGUCUGCAGGGCUGCAGCGAGAGGAACGGAAACUGCUCCAAACCCGGCGAGUGUGUAUGCAGAGACGGCUGGCAGGGCACGUUCUGCGACGAGUGUAAGAAGUACCCGGCCUGCAAGCACGGCACCUGCCAGAUGCCGUGGCAGUGUAACUGUCAGGAGGGCUGGGGAGGCCUAUUGUGUGACCAAGACCUUAACUUCUGCACCCAUCACCAUCCCUGUGUGAACAGCGCCACCUGUAUGAACACGGGACAGGGCAGCUACACCUGCACGUGCCUGCCGGGUUUCACCGGGGUUAACUGUGAGCUGGAGAUGCAGGAGUGUGACAGCAACCCCUGCAGGAAUGGAGGGAUGUGCACGAAUUUGGAAAGUGGCUACAUGUGCACGUGUCCCCAAGGCUUCGAGGGCUCCCACUGCGAGCACAGCCUGCUGACGUGCGCCGACUCCCCGUGCUUCCACAGCGGCAAAUGCUGGGAGAAGGACAAUGGCCGCAGCUACAUGUGCGAGUGUCCCCGCGGCUACACGGGCCUCAACUGCGAGAAGAGAGUGGACAAGUGCACGUCGCUUCCCUGCGCUAAUGGUGGGCUGUGCCUGAUCCACGGCGGCAUGCGCAUGUGCAGCUGCCGUGCCGGCUUCACCGGCCAGCGCUGCGAAAUCAACAUCAACGAGUGUGCCGGUAACCCCUGCCUCAACGCAGGCACCUGCCAAGACCGGAUCAAUGACUACACCUGCACCUGUCCCGCGGGCUACGGGGGCCGCAACUGCGACAGAGUCCUGGACGAGUGCUCCCUGCGGCCCUGCCUCAACGGGGGGCUUUGCGGCGGAGGCGGCGGGCCGGGCAAGCCUCCGGCCACCUGCGUCUGCCCCUCGGGCUUCACCGGGCCGCGCUGCGAGUUCUUCGCCGCCGUCACUUCUCCCGUGACCAACGGGGAGAUUCAAGACAGCUUCCAGUGGGCGGCGGUUUCCCUGGCCGUGGGCCUGGUGGCGCUGCUGGUGCUGCUGUGCAUGGUGGGCUUGGCUCUGAGGCACAUCCACAGGCAGGCUCGAAGGGAGCGGGGGGACACGGAGACCAUGAACAACUUGUCCAACGUUCAGAAGGACAACCUGAUCCCGGAGUCCCAGCUGAAAAACACCAACCAGAAAAUGAGCAGGGAGGUGGACUGUGACUCUGAGAAAUCGAACUUUAUCCAUAAAAACUACCACUUGGACUCUUACCACUCGAAAUCAAAGGAGUUCAAGGACGAAAAGUCACAAGAGGAUAAAAGUCUUAUGUAUGAGAAAUGUUUAGAAGACAAAAUGCCCUUGAGUAGAAUGUACAGUGAAAAGCCAGAGUGCAGGAUAUCAACGAUAUGCUCCUCAAGAGACUCCAUGUACCAGUCGGUAUUCGUUAUAGGAGAGGAGAGGAGGGAGUGCGUCAUAGCAACCGAGGUAUAAACUGUGCGGGGGUCUGAAGGCGAGGGGUGAGCGAGGAAAAAGACACAAUCGAGGCAGGAUGAAAUAUUCUGGAUUGUUUACAAAUUUUGGAGAAGAGACUGGAGAUUGUUUUAGAUGUCCACUGCUGCUCUGGAACACUUGAGAACUGGAGAGGGCGGAAACCUCUGCUCUGCAUAUAGAAAAAAAAAGAAAAAAAAAAAAAAAAAAAGAACAGAACUGAGAAACUUUAUGUUGACCGAGUGUUUGUAUGCAAAACAUGUACAGUGAAGGACCUCUCUCAGUCGUGACGAUGGUGGAAGGGACCGGUGAAAGGACUGAUAGAAUAAUCCCGGCCAUCCCGAAGGUGGAUCGCAAUCACGACGACUUUUGACAGCCAACCAAUCAAUUAAAAAAAAAAAAAAAGGUGCCUAGGAUUUGACCCCUUUCGAAUCCCCUCCCCCCUCCCCCACACACCCUCUUCCCGCCAGCUUCGCCCGCUAUGCAAAGACUCGGGGUCGAGACGAGGGAACUCGUCACAAUCCAACCUCGCAAAAACACUGAGAGUUAUGAAUGUCUGAGACUAAUCUUCUGCUGUCAAUCACGUGAAAAUGACAGGUUGGACUUUUUUUCUUCUUUUUUUUUUUCAUGCAACGGUGAAGAUAGUAUGCAGCCCAAAAUUCACUAGAAGCCUUAAAAGAGAGGGGGGGGAGGGGUUGAAUGCUAAAUGUGAGCCCUUGUCUGUUCUUGGAUCGUUUUGCACUACAAGGAAAAAUAAAAUUGUGGGGAAGAUACUUUUUAAUCAACAUGGAUUUGAAGAGAAACAACCAGAGGAGCGCAAUAGUGCCAGCGAGAUCCAGGAGAGAAGAAACGUUUGCGUGGAAAGAUGUUUUUUUUUUAUGCAAAACAACUGAGGAAAAAAAACAAAGAGACUCACAACAAGGAGAAAAGACUGUCACACCACUGCCUGCCUAUAAUACAUUUCAAAAAUACAGAACCAAUAAUGUAAUUUUUUUAAAUGAUUAUUUCCAGAGUUUAAUUUAAAUAUGACACACUGCUCUUUAUAUGUUUUAUAAUAUUAUUUUGUAUAUAAUGCAUAUUUAUAAGGACCAAACUUCUGAAGAAUAAAACUUCCUUGAAAAAAC